AUGAAUGUUGAAAAUAAUCGAGAGGAUUGGUUACUUUGGCAAAUUUCAGAUUCUGCUUUACCUACUGGUGGCUUUGUCGCAUCUUCAGGUUUAGAAAGUGCUAUACAAACUGGUUAUGUUCAUGAUAUUCCCAGUUUAUCGAUAUUUUUAUCCUCCAGCAUAGAUAAUUAUGCAUUUUCAUCCCUACCAUUUGUAACUGGCAUACCAAUUUCACCAACACCAUCAAUUAGAACCAUAACCUCAAUAUCGUCAUUUUCAUCGAUUAGAACUGCAGAGCCGGUUUCUGCUGAUUCGUUUGUAAUGAUUUCCAAGGCUGACACACGUUCAACCUUUGAAACCUAUGAAUCUCUAUUAAGCGCCUCAAAAAACUACAGAAAUCAAAUGAUUGCCCUUUCACAAGCUGCUGCUAGUUUUGGUCAAGCAUUAGAAAGAACCGCUCGUUGUAAAGGCGCAGAUGAAGCUGGUCCUGGGUUACAAGCUGCCGCCGGUUUACAUUACCUAAUGUCAAAUCAUCAACAACUUUUGAGCGAUACGUUCUAUAAACAAUUUGAAAUUCCAUUACUAGAAAAUUUUGACGAACACAAAUCAGUGAUCAUUGGUAAUGAAGAAACUUACGAGAAAUUGAUGAGUGAAAUGAGCAAAAAAAUCAAGGAAACCGAAGCUCGAAAUUUAAAAAAUGGUCGCAAACGCCAAAGAGAUCUUGGACAAUUUCGUAAGGCUUUAAAAGAUUUAACAAAACAAGUAGAGGAGCUUGAAAAAUUGAAAAACGAACAUUAUAAACAAACUUUAGAAAAUGAACAAAGGAAUUUAAAUUUUAUUCUUUCAAAAGUUUCUUCGGUUGUAAAAACAGAAGUUAAUAUCUUUGAAAGAAUAUGUAAUAAAGGAAAAGCUGAUCCUUUAUUAGAACAGAUGAUAACAGAAGGAAAUGAUCCAUUUAGUUCAGGUCAAACAAAAGAUCAAUCUUCACUAUCUCCUUCAUCAAUUUACAACAACAACAUAACAAAUGGACAUUCGAGAAACAACAGCAACAAUAAUAGUAAUGAGAUUCCUUGUUGCUCACCGACAUUAACAAAUUUUUCAUCCGAGAAUCUUGGAAUUGAAAACCGUUCAUCACCACUAAAAAUAAAUAGACCAAACUUUGUUUCAAACAUUAGUGAUCUUGCAUCGCUUUCACCAAAUUCUGGCAAUCCUUCCGACAACGAAGAUGAUGGUACCACUGUAAACAAUCAUCAUUUUUUAAAUAUUUCUGGUGAUUCUGAUUUAUUCGUUAGUAAAAGUUUUAAUUUCGAUUCAGAGGAAAAUGGUAGUUUGGCCAACAGUUUUCACGAUGUCGUAGAUGGAAAUAUGGAAGAUAAGGAUUGUGAUGAGAAUGAUAAUACACCAAAUCAAGCUUUCUUAUGUGUUAAUAACAACAAGGUUGUUGUUGAUAAAGAAGAAAAAUCAUCACAACAAUCAUUUUUAUCAAAUACAGACACUAAACCAUUAUUUGGGUCAAAUUCUCCUUUUAUAACAAGAAGUCAUUUAGACGACAAAAAUUGA